AUGCCCAGGGGUCUCCAGAAGCAGCAGACAGCUGUGUCACAGGUGGGCGUGGCGUCACAGUCAAAGGCAGCUGCCCACAGAUCAUUGUACCUCGGUUAUCUUCGGUCACAGUCCACUUACUGCCUUUCAGCUGCUUCACACUGCCUUCAUCGAUUCUCCAGGAAGCUGGCGGUUAUUAACCAGCAGAAGAAGAAGAUGUUUUCUUCAGUGCUGACCGUCUGUGUGUGUCUCCUCACCUGUCUCCUGUCAUGUGUGUCAGGUGAAGAGACGAAGGUGAAACCUGGAGAAGACGUCACUCUUCAGUGUCGAGGUCCCAGAGAUGCUGAAAUCAAACUGAUAACGUGGAUCAGACCUGACCUGAAGUCAGAGGAUUACGUCUUCCUCUACAGAGACAAACGCCUUUAUGAACAAUACCAGCUUCCAUCUUAUCGUGGUCGAGUGGAGCUGACAGAUCCACAGGUGAAGGACGGAGACGUCUCUGUAAUUCUGAAGAACGUCACCAUCAACGACGCUGCAAGAUACGAGUGUCAAGUUGGAAAAAAAGGAAGUCGUCCUCAGCUCAUCAGCACCAUCACCCUGAAGGUUGUAGACUCAGUAAACGUCACAGCUGCACCUGGACAGACUGUCUCUCUGCCAUGUCGAGCUGCCAGAGACACAAACAUCACAGUUGUAGAGUGGAGCAGAGCUGAGCCCGAGCCAGAACAGGUGUUUCUGUACCGGGACAAGAAUCCUGAUCCACAGAACCAGAGUCCGUCUUUUCAGAACCGGGUGGAGCUGAGGGACAGACAGAUGAAGGACGGGGACGUGUCUCUGACUCUGAAGGACGUGACGAGAGACGACACAGGAAGAUACGAGUGUCGAGUCCAGACAGAAGCAAACUCCUUACCUGAGCCCGUCAGCAUCAUCUACCUGGAUGUUCAUCAGAAAGGUAUCACAGAGGAGAGAGGAGACGAGGAGGGAGGAGACAAGGAGGGAAACAGCAGCGGACAUGUUGGACUGGGAGUCGGUCUGUCAGUUGCUGCUCUGCUUGUUGUUGUUGUUGUUGGUUUUAUGAUCUAUAGGUAACGUAGACGACACAGAGCAGCCUUCAUAUGAACCUGCUGAUAGAGCAGCUGAUCCUCAGCAGGUCUGAAGAGUCUCAGAUCUGCUUCCUGUUUCCUGUUUCUCUCUGAUCCAUGAAGAAGAAAAGAAUCAGAGUCUAAAGGAAACAGAGACAUAAAGUUCAGAUGAACAAACUCCAUCAGAGAGAAGCUUCUGCUCUGUGACUGAUCCACUGGUGGAAAUGAAGAGACGCAUACAGAGACAUUCUGUUCCCAUGACAACAAGUGAACCUGUCCACACCUGGAGCAGGACUCUACCUGGAAGGUGUGGUCUCACUGACAUCACUCCUGGUUCAUUUGGUUUGUAUGUAUUUCCUGUUUCUGACUCCUGUGUUGAUUUAAGAGGCUCAGCUCAGGUGAAGCUGCAGCGUCACUUUAAAUGUUGCUGCAGCAAGGAAUUGUGGGACGGCAUUUCUGUUUCCUAAAGGAGAUAAGGAAGGAAGCAGUGAAGCUCCUUUCCUCCGCUCUGAUCAUGAAGCUGCUCAAAGACUCUGAACCUUCAGGAGAAAAGGAGUUUGACCUUUGUGACCCCCCCCCCACCUCACACUAGUGCCCCUGUUUCUUUUUCCUGAGAGGAAGAGGAGGAGAGGAAGAGGAGGAGAGGAAGAGGAGGAGAGGAAGAGGAGAAGGUCAGGAGUUCAUGAGUUCAGGGACCAGGUGACUCUGGGAAAUGAAGUCAGGAUUCUGUCAGAGGAGUUUCAGGAUCUGUUCUGUUGGUUACAGCUGCUUUAU